AAAUGAACAAGGCACAAGUUUGUGUGACGCCGGGAGCAGUUGAACGCCAUUUUCGCUUGUCCCGACUCUUGUGCUUUUUGUGUGUAUUUUUGAAAGUAUAAAAAAAUGUUUGUAAAUAUUUGAAAUGACUGGAGUAUACCUGAUGAUAAGUUGGAACAUAUUGGAGCCUUGGUGGUUUUACUGAUACAGCUUGUGGUAGCUGAUCCAAGAUGAUUUGUGUGAGAACGAAAGUAACUUGUGAAUGCCUAAAAUGACUGGAUAGUACAUGGUGAUGAAUCUGUACAUAUUGGUGGCCUUUACUGUUACAAUUGGUGAUAGCUGAUUUGAGAUAAUGUAAAAGUGGUGAUGGACCAUUUGAAAACUGGUGGAACAGUUGACCAAGUCUGAUUGUUGAACUUGUUAUGCUGAUAGAGUUAUCAUGAACUGCAGAGCGUUGAAGCAGUUGGUGAUCAUCGUAGGAAGAUGAACAUUCGCUAAAAAGAUGACAUGAAUCUCAAUAGGACAAGCCAAUCAAUGUUGAAUUUUCACCAUCAUCUUCAGUAAAGGAUCUCUCUUCUUCGCAAGGACAACUGAAAAAGACAACAAGCUGGGAUGAAGUUGAGGGAUCCUUAAUGAUGAGGGUGAUAUACGAAUACUGAAGUAUGAAGACUUUUCCUGAUGACGGUGAGGUCGCUACAGUCGAGUCGACCUGAGGGAGAUCGAUCCAUCGCGCACUCUGAAACCCAUCACGUAGGUAUUACGAUUGCAAUUUUUUGGAGUAUAUUUAUUUUCAGUGAUUUUGGAGUAAUGAUUCAUUUUGGAGCAAGGAGUUGUAAAAAUUUUGUGACAGCACUGUAUUAUCGUGGCGUUAUGCCGGAGUGCAGGUGGGCCGAGAACUGACGAGUAUAACCGAGUGAAAACCGAGUGAAAAGCCGAUUCGACGAUAUUCAGCGUUGACUGUUGUCAGAGAAUUCAGUAAUGCUUCGCAUGGCCAGCCAACAGCAAGUAUAACGCUUGUGUGUGACUGUUAAGUAUUUUUUUUUUUUUAAAUAUAUUAUAUUCAAAGUGAGAGAUCGUUCACGGUGUUACCGACAAUUCGUGUAGACAACUAUUGUGGUAAACAAAAAAACCAUAACGAUUUGUUUUUUGAAAAUUAAAAAAUUUUAUUGAAAAAAAAAGAGCAAAAAAAAAACAAGAUAUUGACCUCUUAAGGGACACUCAAAAAUACUGUGUUUUUUGUGCAAUUGUGACCAGUGGAUUAUAACAAAUAUAAUUUUUUUUUACUAUAUUUUUUAUUAUUUAAACAAAGAAGAAAAAAAAAAACUAAGUGAAAUAGAAAAUAAACAUUUGUUUAUUUUUUUUUGUCAACUCUAAAAUUAUUGCUGAUAUAUAUCCGUACGUUUGUAUGGUUUUCGAACGACUCAAGAUGCUGUCAUCAGUGCCAGCUAAAUAAUAAUGUGGUGCGACGUUGGUCAGCUCAUGCAGAUGUAGUUACAACCACGUGGAAUUGUGUGAGUUGUGCAAUGAUGGGUCUGCAGGCCACGGCAGGAAAACGUAAACUUGAGGGAGGUGUGGGCUGCAUGGAAUUCGAUAUGGAUAUAGGUGAAAGUCCAUCAAAACUUGGUAGAGUCGAAGGUGGUUGGUGGACAAUGGAAGAAAGUUAUACACAACCAAUAAAUCAAUCAGCAACAUCAUAUUAUGAUAUGGAAAUAAGUUCACAAUGUGUACAAACAAAUCCAUGUCAAUCAUCACCAAAUUCAUCACCAGUAUCACCACAAUUACAUCAUUCAUCACAACAACAAUAUUAUCAUCAACGUGGUGUUACAAAUCAUCACCACCAUCAUCAUCAUAACAACAAUAACAACAACAACAGCAACAACAAUAAUAAUAAUAAUAAUAAUAACAACAAUAAUAACAAUAAUAGCAAUAGUAAUAACAACAACAAUAAUAAUAAUAAUAAUAAUAAUGGUUAUAAUCAAUUAUCAAGACCACAAGCACAAUGGGGUACACAACAUCAUUAUGAACCACCAACGAUACGAAGAGAAGAAAAUGGUAAAAGUUAUCUUGAACUUGGCUCAAGUUAUCGUACAACUGAAAGAUGCUGUGAAAGUUCAAGAUCAAGUUGGUGUAGACGUGGUAGAGCAUGUUAUCGUCAACGUAGAUUAGCUGUAUUAAAUAUAUCAAUGUGUAAAUUAGCAAGAUAUCGUCAAUUUCCUGAUCCAAGUUUGCAUCGUUCUGUAUUAAUAUGUAAUACAUUAAGACAUCUUGAACGUGAAAUGGAAAGAGAUAAAAGUCCACCACCAAUUGAACAAGUUAUAUCACCACCAAUUGUACAAUUACAAAAUACUGAACAUGGUAGAUUAACACCAUUUCCAAUGCCACCAAUAUCAUCAAAUGAAACUGAUGUUGAUUCUGGUAUUGGUGAUAGUGAUGAUAGUCGUUCAAUAAAUUGGGGUAGUGUAUUAUCAUUAUCAAGUCAAUCACCAUUAGAUCCAUUAAAUAAUAAUGAAUUACUUGAUGUUGAUAUUGGUCCUGAAUUGGAUCUUGAUUUUAUGCCUGGAUGGAAAUUAACACCAUUAUCUGCUGAUGAUAUAUUAAGAAGUACAAAUACAACAACAAUUAAUUCAACAUCAUUAACAACGACAGUAUCAACAUCAACAACAGCAAUCACCACAGCAGCAACAACAACUGUAGGAACAAUAACAAGAAGUGGUGUAGGGACAACGACAACAACUUCAGCAUCGUCUUCACCAUCAUCAUCGACAUCAUCAUCAUCAUCAUCAUCAUCUUCAUCAUCUUCAUCAUCAACAACACCGACAUCAACUUUAUCAUCAUUAUCAUCAUCAUCAUCCUCAACAUCAUCAUCAUUAUCAACUUUAUCCUCGUCCUUAUCAUCAUCGUCGUUUAUAACGAGACCAACAAUAACUACAACAACAACACAAUUGACAUCAUCAUCAUUAUCAUCAUCAAAUAAUAUAACAUCUAGUAUUUGUAUGUCAACGAUAGCAAUGACAAAUUCAUGUAAUGCUAAUAGCUGUAGUACGCACGAAUCAUUAAUGUGCGUUGGUUCAUAGCCCCCAAUACUUGCCUCGUUGAGUCAUCUCAUCGAUUUUUAUCCAUUAAUGCCACAAGGCAAAUGAAAUUAAUCAAUUUUCUUGUUUUUAUAAAUUAUAAAUUAUAUUUAAAAUAAAAAAUAUACAUAUUUAUAAUUAUAUAAAAACAUGAAAAAUUAAAAAAAAAAAAUAUAGAAAUGACAGAGUAUAUAUGAAAAAUUUUAAAGAAAUUUAAAUAAAUAAAUUUUUUUAAAAAUACCAAAUUUAUAAAUGAUUGUUAAUUAUGAUGUGCUCUAAGACCACUCAAUAAUGUAUUAUGGGAUGACCCCGUAUACAAAAAAAAUUUGAGUGAUCACAUUUAAAUCAUUUAUUUAUUGGAUUUAUUUAAAUAACAAAAAAAAAUAAAAAAGAUGAAAUUUAAUGACUCUUGUCAAUUAAAUAUCAACUUACACACAGUUUACCACGGUUGAUUAAAAAUUUUGUUUUUAUUUUUGUUUUGUAUAAUUUUUGUAUUUUAUUAUUAUUAUAAUUAUUACUAUUAUUAUCAUUAUUAUUAUAUUAUUAUUAUUGAUAUUAUUAUUAUUGCUAUUAUUAUUAUUUAUAAUUUGACAAAAAUUAAAACAGAAAAAAAAAAUAAAUGAAAAAAACAACUGUUGGUAUUGUUGUGGAUAUUUUGGAUGAAUAAGUCUGUUGGAUGAUGCUGCCAUUAUUGAUGGUAGCUAUCAGUUUAAGCCAAAUGACAUUUUUUAAUUCAAAUUAUAUUGUUGGAUUAUUCAAUAAUCGUAUAAACAACGCAUCAACCGUGUCAAUAAACGAUCAAAUAUAAAAUAAAUAGUAAAAACAAUUUUCGGUAUCCAAAAUCUCAAUUUGCGUGAUAAUCAAAUGGGAUUUAUGAUUAUUAGAUUUUCAACAAAUUAAUUGGUACCCCGGGCAAAUGAUAUUAACAAUUGUUGAGUAACAAAUGACCAAGAACUAUCCUGAGAUUCCUUUAGUAAAAAUUUUUUCAUAUUCUCAAUAAAGUCCUUAACUCUUUUUCCACAUGUCUCAACACAUUGCCUUAGGGAAAUAUAUAAAAACGAAAUAAUAAUAUAAAAUAUUGUUUGCCUAGCUUGCCAAAAUGUUGAAAUUCUGAUAAUUAAAUUGUGAAUGUCAAUCGAGAAUCCAUUGCUUAAAUAAAAAAAUGAAAAGAUAAUAAAAAUAAUUAUGUUGACUGGUAUAACUCGAUGACUUAUCACAAUUGGAUUUAACCGUCGUGGCCUAUGCUCACAUUUGCAACGUGCACAUAUUAACAUAUAAUUGUCACUUGGUGCUAAAACACCUGUAUCCCGGGUGCUUUAUUUUCGUUUAAAUUUUAAUUUUUUAUAUUUAUACAAAAUAAUAUCAUCAAGCCAAAUGCAAAAGUAAAAAAAACAAUAAUCGAAAAAAUCAAGAAAUGCAAUUUUUUUUUUAAAAUACAACAAAAAAAAUCAUGAGAAUCUCACUGUCGUUACUAUAAGUGAAGAACGUAUACUUCCACAUAAUUACGUUCGAUACCGUAAAUUAAAAAUGUACCUGGAUUAACGAGAGUCGAAUUUAUAAAUUUUUUUAAUUAAAAAAAAUUAAUUGUAAUUAUAUUUUAUUAUAUUUGUUUCUUUUUAAUUUUUUUCUUGUAAAUUAAAAAUUGCAAUAAGUAUUUUAUUUCAAUAUAAAGAAAAAAAAUAUUUUAAAUUAGUUAAACUACAAUCAUCAAAUAAAGUUUACAAAAUUUUUUUAAUUAAAAAUGAAUUAAAUUAAAUUUUCAAUGAAAUUUUACUUUUAUUUUUAGUUGCAAAAAUAAUAAUAAUAUUUAAAUGAAAAUGAAGUUAUUAAUAAUAAUAAUUACAUGUCAUUAUGAAGAUUGACUAUUAAUAAUUGUGGGAGACAAAAAUAAGACUAUAUAAAAAAAAAUUAAAUGAUUGCAAUAGAUAGACGUUUUGAAAGAAAAAAAAUUAGAAAAUUCAAAUCAACAAUUAUUUAUUUGUAAUUUUUUUUGUUACUAUUAUUUUAAACUUGAUAAAAAAAUUAAGUCAUUUGUAAAUUCGACGAGUUUUAUAUUUUAAAAAAUUAAGAAUUAUUAUUUAAAAAAUUCAAAGCAAUAUUACCGUGAAAUUAAAAAAUAGUAAUAUAUAAAAAAAUUAGAAAACAAAAAAAAUAUUAAAUAUAUAAUCUUCCAUUAAAUACUGGGUAUAUAAUUCAUUAAAAUUCAUUCAAAAAAAAAAUACCCAGUUUUAUCGCGCGAAUUAGAAACAUAAAAUUUGACUGAUCGAUAGGUUUUUUUUUUAAUUAUUAUAAAUAUUAAAUAAAAAGCAAAAUCAGUGUAAUACUCGAUGACAUGUUGAAAUUGUGAAAUUAAUAAUAAUAAUAUUUAUAAAAAAAUUAAUGACAAAUUUUCAUAUUAGAAAUUAAAAUUUUUAUAAAUUAAAAAAAAAACAUUUAAGUAACGACAGUGAUUCUACAUUGAUAAUAUUAUUUAUUUAUUUGUUUUUUUUUUAUUCUUUAAAUCUCGGCACAAAUUUAUUAAUAAUUUAUAAUUGUAUUAAUUAAAGUGCUAUAAUAAUAUGUGCACAGUGCAUGAUAUAGAACAAAGAAAAAAAUAAAUAAAAAGAAAAAAACAAAUAAAUGAUGCGAUAAAUAAAUUGUAUAAACCAUCGUUUUGAAUUACAAAAACGAAAAAAUAUAAAUUAAUUAUUCGAUGACUACAAAUUUAAAGAAAAAAUAAAUAAAUGAGUAAUAAUAAUAAUAAAAUAAAAACUUUGUAAAUAGUAUAAAUAGUAAUGCAAAAGUAUGUUGAAGGAAAUAAAUAGGUAUAAAAUAAAUAAAUAAAUAAAUAUACAUAAGAUAUUAUAUAUUAUAUAUAAAUAUACAUAUAUAUAUGCGAGCUGAACAAGAAGUAUAUAUAUAUAAGAUAAUUAAUUAUAUAUGUACCUUGAUGAGUGAUAAAAGACGUUUACAUUGAUCUCUCUCAAUUGACGAAUCGGGACGUAUCCCAAAAUCGGUUAUAAUAUGCCUUAUUUUGAAUGAAAAAAACAAAAUCGAAAUAAUAAAUUAAGCAUUUAAACAAAAAAAAAAAAAAAUCAUAUUUUUAU